AUGCCUCCUCAGAUGCGCCGCCCAAAGCGUCGUUGCAAGAUUGACCGUCGCAUAGAACAAUACAUGCGUCGCCAAUCCUUUUGCCAACGUGCUCAAGAGAGCCUUGCGCUGCGGCUGAACCUUCCACAAGACCAAACCAGGUACGGCAACUGCACACAAAAUCUGCGCACCAAAGGUGUUGAGCAGCACGACGAUGGGUGUCCUACCCUUGACUGCCCCUAA